GCCUGUCGACAUUUUCGGCACAGCAUCAUCAGCGCUGACGUGGAAACUACGUGAGCGAAGGCACGGGCCGUUCACCCAUACUGUCAUUAGUGACGACUCAGGCUACGUAAAACUUCGGUGAGCGACUAUGGAUAGCUCCGUAUCGUCUCAGCUGGACAGCAGUUUAAAUGACUCAUUGACAGAUGGAGAGGAAAACCAGAGUGAAACCAGCCCUUCUCCUGCAGCUGCUGCUCAGGCGUCACUAGCAGAAGAGUCUUCCGGUGUGACUGUUGUUCAGCUGCCUGGUCAGACAGUUCAAAUCCAGGGGGUCAUCCAGGCCCCGCAGGCCUCUGUUAUACAAUCACCACAAGUUCAGACUGUCCAGAUUGCUACUGUAGCAGAACUGGAGGAUGACGAGUCAGUAACAGACACACAGAAAAGGCGGGAGCUUCUCUCCAGGCGUCCUUCAUAUUGGAAAAUUUUGAAUGAGCUUUCCUCCAACUCACCGGCAGUUCCUAAAAUUGAAGAGGAAAAGACGGAGGAUGAAAUGCCAGUUUCCAACUCCCCCACAGUGCCAACCUCCAUCUACCAGACCAGCUCCGGACAAUACAUUGCAAUCACCCAAGGGAGAGCCAUCCAGUUGUCCAGCCCUGGGGUUCCAGGUCUACAGGGGGUCCAGAACCUGCCAGUAACAAGUAGUCCCACCCCACAGCCUGGAGCCGCUGUCUUACAGUGUGCAGCUCAGCCUGGAGAUUCUCCACAGCAGCUCUUUAUCCAGGGAGGACAGGUACUCAUCCAAGCCGCUACUGGAGACAUCCCCGCCUACCAGCUUCGUUCACCAAACUCGGGCCUGGCUCAGAGCAUUGUAAUGGCUGCGUCUCCAGGCAGCAUGCAGAACCCCUCAUCACAGCACGCCGAGGAGAUCACCCGCAAGAGGGAGGUCCGGCUGAUGAAAAACAGGGAAGCAGCUCGUGAGUGCCGCAGGAAAAAGAAAGAGUAUGUCAAAUGUCUGGAAAACCGUGUGGCUGUGUUGGAAAACCAAAACAAGACCUUGAUUGAAGAGCUAAAAGCACUAAAGGACAUUUACUGCCACAAAGCUGAGUAGCAGUGGCUGUUUGUGGUCAUGGGCUGAAGACAGUUUACAAACUUCUACAGCAAAAUAAGACAAAACAAAAAAACAAAAAAGAAAAAAAAAAGAAAGAAGAAAAGACUCUGGAACAAAAACUACUUUCAUCGUCUUUUAUUCUCUGCUCACUCAGGCCUGAUUUACGCCAAAUUUCAGAAGUGUCGUAGGGAAGUCAAAUAGCUUGAGCUUGCCAGUUUCGCUCUUGUUCUUAUCUUGUGCUCUUUGCAUGUGAAGACUCAAGUGUCGUACACAUUGUGUUUGCUGUUGCUGUUGCGCACGAGCGAGGCUAACCAAUGAGAGCCAGCUGAUGAAGAGGAACAGGAAGAGGAAAUACAGGUGUUUCCUGAAAAUGUUCCGCUCAUUUAUGGCAAUUACGAAAAAUCCUUCGAGGGGUCAGCCAGGUCCCGCAACCAGCAUGUUUCUCUGAGGUCAGACGAGCUGCUACGCAGAUCCAUCAGCACUGCGACAAGGCAACUCAAAGUGUGUUUACCUGAUUAUAUGUUAUUUAUGCUUCUGUUUUUGGUCAUUGCAUUCCUUCAUGCGGUUAAAAAAA